AUGGCAGUAGUGAUUUCAGUGACAGAACCGUUGCAUUGUGCCCAGUGCACUGAAGAGAAGUUAGCUCUUUGCCCACAAGUACCUGCCGAGUGCCCAGAACUGGCACGAGAACCAGGCUGUGGAUGCUGCUUGACUUGCGCACUAAAACGUGGGGAGCCUUGUGGGGUGUACACUGCUAGGUGUGGAAAGGCACUCAGUUGUCAUGUAAAAACCCGGAGAGCCCAGACCCCUCCAAGCACUUACAAGAGGACAAGGAAUCUGAUGGAUGCAGACGACUUACAGAAGCUGAGAAGUAGUGAUGCUACAGAAAUAAAGGACUACUCAGAACAUGAAAAUACUGCUCCAGAAGGAAGUGAUCUUACACAAGAUCAGCUCUCCCCAUUCCUCCGAUUG